CCCCUGGGAGGGCACUUCCGGCGCAGCGGAACUCCGAGUACCGACUGAGGUUGCCGGCGGAUCACCUCUGUAGUCUCGGACGAGGCCCCAUGAGUGCGGCGCCCCUGGUGGGCUACAGCAGCAGCGGCUCUGAGGAUGAAUCUGAGGCCGGAGUGCGGACCAAGCCCGGGCCUGGGGGCCGCUGUCGUGGCCAGAGCCCCCUUCCCAGUCAGAGGUUGCCAGUACCUGAUAGUGUGCUGAACAUGUUUCCAGGCACUGAGGAGGGGCCUGAAGAUGACAGUGCAAAACAUGGGGGACGGGUUCGCACCUUCCCCCAUGAGCGAGGCAACUGGGCCACCCAUGUCUACAUACCAUAUGAAGCCAAGGAGGAGUUCCUGGAUCUGCUUAAUGUGUUGCUGCCCCAUGCCCAGACGUACGUGCCCCGGCUGGUGAGGAUGGAGGAAUUCCACCUCAGCCUGUCCCAGAGCGUGGUUCUGCGCCACCACUGGAUCCUCCCCUUUGUGCAGGCUCUGAAAAACCGAAUGGCUUCCUUUCACAGGACCUUUGUUGGGCUCGAGGUCACCUCAGGGCAUACCCAGUUCCUGGACCUAGUUUCAGAGGUAGACAGAGUCAUGGAGGAAUUCAACCUUACCACUUUCUACCAGGACCCUUCCUUCCACAUCAGUCUGGCCUGGUGUGUGGGUGAUGCAAGUCUGCAGCUAGAAGGGAAGUGCCUGCGGGAACUACAGGAAAUUGUGGAUGAGUUUGAAGAUGCUGAGAUGCUGCUGCGUGUGCACACUGAGCAUGUCCGCUGCAAAUCUGGGAACAAGUUCUUCUCGAUACCUUUGAAGUGAGCACCAGAAGCCUUACUUUCCUGGGCCCCUCUGCAGGCCAGUAGAGAUAAAGAGGGCUAGAACGGAUUGGGAUGCUUCUAGCCUCCCCAGAGGAGGUGCUUCAGCCUGGCAGGAGGUGUAGUCACUCGUCAUCCUCCCUGGGGGCUGGCUCUCUGUCCUGCCCUUUUGGGUUGCAGGUUGAGAGCUGCUGUGUUGUGAUCAUUCACACAAAUUGCCAGUAGAGGGCAUCCUGGGCAUCCUAAUUCUUGCCCUGUGGUGGUUAAGGAAAAAAAAAAAAAGAAAAUGGGGCCACCAGUGAGCCCAUCCAUACUCAGCCAGAAUCCCCUCUGUAGUCCCUCAGAUGAAUAGCCUCUCCCUCUCCUCCCCCACUUCCCCAGUUCAGCAGUUUGUGUUUUGAUGCCAUUGGCCUCAUCAUGCCAUGGCUCAUCUGUGGUCAAGCCAGGACAUAGGGUGCUUCUGUGGAUGUCACCCUCCUUCCUUGAAGAGUGUCACUUUCUCAUUUAUUUACUUUUAAUCUUACCCUCCUCCUGUGCCAGCAGAGGCCAUUUCAGGGCCACGGUACAGGGUGCUAAUUUGUGGUUCAGCACCAGCUUUCUCUAUUCUUUCCUCUCACUCACCCCCAGCCAGGUGCCUGGGAAGGCUUGAGCAGAUGUUGCAUUUUGGCCCGGCUGGUGGCUCAAAGCCAGGCCUCCAACACACUGUGAGCUCUGGCUUUCCCCUCAGUUUUCCCAAAGAGGCAGAGAAGGGCCGUCCCCCAGCUAGAGUUCUCCUGUUGCCUCCUCCCAUGGGCAUUCUGAGGGGGAACACAGGGGGUAGUGGAUGUGCAGGAUUUUUAUUUUAUUUUAUUUAUUUACUUUUUUUUUGAGACAGAGUCCCACUCUGUCAUCCUGGGUAGAGUGCUAUGAUGCAUCAUAGC